AUGUCCUCGGUACAAACAGAACACAAACAACAACAAGAACCCCUUGACUUGAUACGAUUUCAACUCGACGAGUAUGUCAUUGUCAAGUUAAGAGGAGCUCGCGAGUUCAAAGGUAAAUUACAGGGUUAUGACAGUCAUUGCAAUUUGGUCUUGAGUGAUGCUACAGAACUGAUAUUCUCUGACCAGGAUGGGGUUGAACCAGUAACGAAAAGGACAGAGAUGGUUUUUGUGAGAGGAGAUUCGGUAAUAUUGAUUAGUCCCGUUAUAGAAAAGUAA